AGGAGAGAACUGGACCGAAAUGGAGUCCACCCUCCUCAAAGGUGGAGGAGACACUGCAGGUGUCCAGCCUGCAGCGGUGCCCUCUGGCGGUUCGCAGCCCCCGGCUGAGGUAGAAGAGCCUGCGGAGCUGGCCAAGACGCAGGGAGACAAGACUCAGACCGGGAAACCUGCAGGAACAGGAGAUGAGGAGAUGUAUUCACUCGACAGCUCUCCAGACAGUGAAGAUGAGGGUAUCGGCAAGAAAGAAAAGAAGAAAAAGAAGGUGAAAAAGAAGAAGAAGAAAAGCUCCAGCUCCUCCUCAUCAUCAUCAUCUUCUUCAUCUUCAUCUUCCUCCAGUAGCUCCUCAGACAGUGAUAGUGAGGAUGAAAAGAAAAAGAAGAAGAAGAAAAAGGAAAAGGAAAAGAAGAAGAAAAAAGACAAGGAGAAAGAGUAUAUCCAUGACAGUGUCGUCAUAUCUCAGGCUGGUUCCAAUAGCCAAAUAAAACAUGCAGACGAUCUUGGUCAGGAUUUUAGCUCAUCAGAUGACGAGGAUGACAAGAAGAAGGAAAAGAAGAAGAAGAAGGAAAAGAAGAAGAACAAGGAAAAGAAGAAGAAAGAAUCUUCUUCCUCAUCAUCUGAUAGUUCAUUAUCUGACAGUGAGGACGAAAAGAAGAAGAAGAAAAAGAAAAAGAAGAAGAAGCAAUCCAGCUCUUCUUCAGAUAGCUCUUCUUCAUCUUCUGACAGUGAAGAUGACAAGAAGAAGAAGAAGAAGAAGGACUCCAGCUCCUCUUCUUCUGAUAGUGAGGAUGACAAGAAGAAAAAGAAGAAGAAAAAAGACAAGAAGCAGAAGAAGAAGAAGAAGAAGGACUCCAGCUCCUCGUCUUCUGAUAGCUCUUCUUCUUCAUCCUCUUCUGACAGUGAGGAUGACAAGAUGAAAAAGAAGAAGAAGAAAAAGGACAAGAAAAAGAAAAAGAAAAAGAAGAAGGACUGCAGCUCAGAUAGCUCCUCUUCUUCAUCCUCUUCUGACAGCGAGGAUGACAAGAAGAAAAAGAAGAAGAAGAAAAAGGACAAGAAGAAAAAGAAGAAGGACUGCAGCUCAAAUAGCUCCUCCUCUUCUUCUUCUGACAGUGAGGAUGAGAAGAAGAAAAAGAAGAAGAAGAAAAAGGACAAGAAAAAGAAAAAGAAAAAGAAGAAGGACUGCAGCUCAAAUAGCUCCUCUUCUUCAUCUUCUUCUGACAGUGAGGAUGAGAAGAAGAAAAAGAAGAAGAAGAAAAAGGACAAGAAGAAGAAGAAAAAGAAGGACAAGAAAAAGGAUUCCAGCUCUUCAUCUUCAUCCUCAUCUUCUGACAGUGACAAGGAGAAAAAGAAAAAGGACAAGAAGAAGGAGGACGAUGAGAAAAAAGAUGAAGAGCAGAGUGAUAUUGUUCUGUCAGCAGCAGGUGGUGUGAUUCCAGGACCAGAUGAAAAGGUUGCUGGCAAGCUUCAAACUUCAGACGAUUGCAAAGUCUCCUCUACAUUGGCUGCGGGGGGAGUAGAGGCAGUACCUGAGGAUGGCAACCUGAGUGAUGAUGAAGGAGAAGGAGGGGAGGAGAAGGACAAAAAGAAGAAAAAGAAAAAGGAUUCCAGCUCCUCUUCUUCUUCUUCCUCUGAUAGUGAAGAUGAAAAGAAGAAAAAGAAGAAGAAAAAGAAAAAGAAGCAGACGAAGAAAAAGAAGAAGAAGAAGAAGAAGAAGAAGGAUUCUAGCUCUUCUGAUGAUAGCUCCUCUUCUUCCUCUGAUAGUGAUGAUGACAAGAAAAAGAAGAAGAAGAAGAAGAAGGACAAGAAGAAGAAGAGGAAGAAAAAGAAGGAUUCUUCUUCUUCAUCAAGCUCCUCAAGCGAUUCUUCUAGUGAUGAUGAUAAGAAGAAGAAGAAGAAGAAGGAUAAGAAGAAAAAGAAGAAGAAAGACAAGAAAAAGGAUUCCAGUUCCUCUUCGGUUUCUUCUUCCAGCAGUGAUGAUGACAAGAAGAAGAAAAAGAAGAAGAAGAAAGACAAGAAGAAGAAAGACAAAAAGAAGGACUCAAGCUCCAGUUCAGGCUCCUCUGGUAGUGACAGUGACAAGGAAAAUAAAAAGGAGGAGAGUGAGAAAAGGGAGGAACAGGACCACCUUGAUGGUGAGCAAAGCAGCCACCCUAAAACCAGCAUUUCAGCCUCAGGUGGUGGUGGACCUUCUGCCAGCUCCAAGCCAAGUGAUACUCCCAAUGUGUCUCUUACAUCUCCUGCCUUGAAGCUGGAUCCUGUGAGUUCUUCAGCUGCCACCAAGCCAUCCCUUGUAAUCAAACGUCCCAGCUACAUGGAGAGCCUGAUGGGCACCCCGAAGAAGACUGGAGACAGCACGACACACUCCACUAGUCACCUCACCUCAAAGGAUCUGCUGUCAGGGCCCAGACCUUACCAAUAUUAAGAUGUCAUAGAUCUUAGUUAUCAGCCAAAAUCUGGCCUACAUUACACUGGAAGCACUUAAAUGUAAUCAUGAAUGCUUUAAUGAUGUUACCUUGGGUCAUG